AUGGUUGGGAACGGUGGAUUUGUCUAUAGGAGCAGUUUCCCAAAGCCUGAAAACUUCCCCUAUCUUCAGGAACUUAAACUGAAGAGCAUUAUUACUCUGGUGUCCGAGACCCACCCUGCCGAAAAUAAUGAGUUUAUGAGGCAGAAUGGCAUCAAACACUUUCAAAUUGGCAUGCCCGGUAACAAGGUGCCUUUUGUCAAUUUCUCGGAUGAAAAAAUCUCCACAGCUCUUCGCAUUAUCUUGGACCGUCGCAACCAUCCCAUUCUUAUUCACUGUAACAAGGGAAAGCACCGUACCGGAUGCGUUGUCGGCUGCCUCCGAAAGGUCCAAGCCUGGUCUUUGACCUUGAUCCUUGAUGAAUACCGCCACUUUGCAGGUCCAAAGAGUCGUGCUCUCGAUCAGCUUAGGAUCGAAUUAUAUCGUGAAGAGGCCUGCAUGGGCUCUGCGAAGCAGUGGGGGUGGGUCCCUCCAUCGGUAAUGCCACCUGGCUGUUCGAUACAGGAGUGUGAUGAUGAAUGCACCGGAACGAUAGACGAAACAGUCAACCUACCAGCGGUCAGGGCAUGA